AUGGCCCACUUCCAUUUCCGCCUCGCAACCGCGGCCGACGCCCCGCGCCUGCGGGACCUAAUCGAAUCCGCCUUCCGCGCCGCCGACACCCGCGCCGACUGGACCGGCGACCUAUCUCUGGGGGCGCGCUUCCACGUCCAACUGGACGACAUGCUCGCGCGCAUCGCCAACCCGGACGGCGCCUUCCUCGUCGCCACCACCACCACCACCACCACCACCACUGAACCCCAAGACGGAGACCAAAAAGGCGAGGCGGAGGAGGUAGUCGCCUGCGUCAAUAUCUUCAAGAAACAGCUCCCCGAUCGGGACGCCGUCGCCCGCCUGGCGCUUUUGGCCGUCGAUCAGCGCCAUCAGCAGGGCGGGCUCGGGCGGCGCGUCAUGGCCCAGGCGGAGAAACUGUGCCGGGAGAUGUGGGGGGUGAGGAGGGCCGGGCUGAAUGCGCUGGAUACGCGCGUCGCGUUGAUCCGGUGGUAUGAGCGCUGUGGGUAUGUAAGGACUGGGGAGGUGACGAGUAUCUCGCUUCCGCCGGAUGAGUUGAGGCUUGUGGAGUUUGAGAAGGAGUUGGGCGUGGUGGCGGUGUGAGGUGGUUGUUCAAUGAUGGAUUUACAUAUGUUGGGUUAUUGAGCGGAUUGAUCAG